AUGACAGCACGACGUGAAACGGCUAUGCGUCAACAUACAUUUUCAUUAUAUAAUUUAUCAGCAAAUGAAAUUUAUUUUCGAGAUUAUGCUGUUCUAUGUCAAAGUACAUUAAAUGAAGAUCAACAAUUAAAAAUAAAAGGUCGUGUAAAUAUUUGUUCAAAAUCUCUUGUUUUUGUUCCAAAUGAUAUUCGUUCACCAAUGAUUAAAAUUUUAUAUGAACAAAUAUUAAAAUUUGAAGAUAGUCGAAAAAAUGAAUUCAGUCUUACUGAUUCAACAAUAAUAUCAUCAUCAGAUAUAAAUAAAAAAAAUUCAAAUAGUUUAAUACUUAAUUGUUCAUCAGUUACAUUAAUGGCAAUUAAUGGACGUAUUGAACCAUAUACAAUUAUUUAUGAUACACAUCGUUUUGAUUUUGAAUUUGUUCAUUCAAAUGUUGAAGAUUGUUUAUCUGUUGUUGGACAAUUAUAUCGUUCAACAACAUUACCAUUUCCUCAACAAGUUAUGAUGAUUAAAUCAAUUGUUCAAGGACGUUUAAAAAUGCUUAAAUUUGAUUUAAAACAAUUAAAAGAUUUAUAUGAAAAAAUUUUAUUUGAAGAAGAUGCUUAUGUUAUUAGACCAUUAAUACAAAAUCCUGGUAAAUGUUUAUUAACAAAUCAAUGUUGUUAUUUUCAAGCAUUAAAUAAUAUUAAUGAACAACAAAUUGUUACAUAUGAUCUAAGUACAUUAAUUAAACUAACGAAACGACGAUAUAAAUUUCAUUAUAUUGGUUGUGAAUUACAGUUUAAAUUGACAGAUCAGUAAGUUAUUGUCUAUUUAAGAAGAACAUAUUGAAUUUUUGAAAUAGUAUAUUAAAUUUAUGGAUGCAUUUGAGAGCUUUUCAAAAGAGCUGAAAAUAUAUAAAAGUCUAUUGACAUUUGCCUUCUUUCACACUGAAAUGCGAAAUAUGAAAUAGCUGCUUUUAUUAAUAGAAAAAUAGUUUUUCUUUUAGUAAUUUGUAAAAAGUACACCAUAAAUUCAUUGUCAAUUCUAUUUAUCAGAUACUAUGACAGUACGUUGUCAAAGUGAGAGAAGAAGAAAGAAUACCUCUGCCUUUCGGUUCUCUUAUGGUGUAGAGCGCUGUCUAGUGGCAGAUUGAAUAGUCCGUUAUCUUCCCUACGAUUAUGACUAGCUGUAAUUCUGAGCAGAAGGCUGACCUAGUACAGAGUUCUUGAGCUCUCCAUACACACUAACUAACUGCAAGAACAAGUGUAUGUCAUAGCGUUGUCAGCAUGCGCUAUCGGAUGGGUAGUCUGACAUAAAUAGCCGUUAGCGACUGGUUCAGGGUUAUUCCAUAGCUGGUGAUACUAAGAUUUGUACACUGUACCUUGUGGAUAUGUGUCGAAUAACGUAACCAGUUAGCCAUGACAGUAUAGGUAUGCACAGGUCCCAGUUCCAACUGAUCGACCACGGGUGCCUCCUGCGGGGGAGGGGAUCGAGAGAGCGACCCUCCAAUCUUGAAAAGCUU